AUGAAGAUUGCUUUAAUUGGUUGUGCAAUUUGGGCUCAUCAUAUAUAUACUGUAGGUAAGAAUUCCUGUGCUUAUUUUGCUGCUACUAUAGUUAUUGCUGUUCCUAUUGGUGCCAAGGUUUUUACAUGGUUGACUACUUUUAUGCGAAAGCGAUCUUCAUUUUCGGGUGAGAAAAAUUCAUCGAACUGA